AUGUAUGCUUUUGUGCUGGGCUUCCUCGUCUUCCGCAGCAACCAGGCCUACUCGCUCUUCUGGGAGAGCGUGUUUUGCCACACAGUCUUGACCAGAGUCCAGAGUGGAAUUGAAGUCUCAUCGCAUGGUCAUGGCACGGUGUUUGGGUAUCAAUUUGACUUGCUUCUGCAACGCGGAGAAAGGCAUGCAGGACUUGGGGACACUGGCUCGGGCAAUUGCUUGUCAUGGGUGAGAUUUGGCGUAGCAAGUUACGAAUUUCGCUGCUACCUGGUGAGGCGCGAAAGUAUUGCCACAGCCCCAAGUCGCAAGAAGGCUUGGCCAGGCUUGGCCCGGGUGCCAGGCUGA